AUGCGUAAUCGGGAGUGUCGUUUGGCAUUAAUUAAAUGGAGCCGCACAUUUCUUCGCCAACCUCAAAAAGUGAUCGAUGAUCUUCAUAAAAAAAUAAACCUUUUGAAAUCGGUCGAGCAAACGGAAACUAUUCGGGAGGAGAUUAACACACAUAGGGUAGAGCUAGAGCGAGCGUACGAGGAUAACGAUCUAUAUUGGCGCCAGAGGAGCCGGGUCCAAUGGAUAAAGGAAGGGGACAGGAAUACAAGGUUUUUUCACUCGACAACCACCAUUCGCCAUCGCACAAAUAGAGUGGAACGAAUUAAAAAUGCGGUGGAAAUAUGGACUGGGGAUAACGAGGGUAUUGAGCGUAUUAUAUCAGAAUACUUCGAACAUAUUUUCAAGUCUACGAACCCGAGGGAAGAGGAGAUAGAUGAGGUGUUGGAGUGCAUUGAGGCUCGUCUUGCCGGUGGAGCUAGUCAACUUCUGUCCCAACCUUACACUUCCGACGAGGUAACGAGAGCUAUCUCUCAAAUGGAUCCUCUCAAAUCUCCGGGCCCGGAUGGUUUGGCCAGGUUUCACCUUCGCAGGGGGCUGCGGCAAGGGGAUCCGCUAUCUCCAUAUCUGUUCAUAUGUUGUGCGGAGGUCCUCAUAGCCAUGGUCGCUAGAGUAUCUAAUAGUGGUGAAUUUCUUGGAGUUCAGGUGGCCCCAACAGCUCCGGUGGUUUCGUGCCUAUGUUUUGCAGAUGACACGUUGGUGUUUGAAAGAGCUACAGAGGAGUACGCACGGGUGCUAAAGAAUAUCUUGGGGAAAUAUGCCCGUGCAUCAGGACAGGAGAUCAACCAAGAAAAAUUGAUGGAAAAAUAUUUAGGAUUGCCGGCGGCUAUUGGAAGGACGAAGAAGGAAAUUUUUGCAUAUCUCCGAGAUAGGUUGUGGUCCAAGAUUAAAGGGUGGGGCGAAAAACAAUUAUCACGAGCGGGAAAAGAAGUCAUGAUCAAAGCGGUUCUCCAAGCUAUCCCAUCGUAUGUGAUGGGAUGUUUUCUACUUCCAGAAGGCAUUAUAAAUGACGUGGAGGCUGCAAUCAAACGAUAUUGGUGGGGUCAUGGGGGAAAUAGAGGUCUAGCGUGGGUGGCAUGGAACGAUAUGUGUAAAUCGAAGGGUAAAGGGGGAAUGGGCUUUCGGGAUCUCAAAUCUUUUAAUUUGGCUAUGAUUACUAAGCAGGUUUGGCGGAUCUUUACUAGUCCAAACAUGCUACUGUCUCGGGUUAUCUCUGCCAAAUAUUACCCUCAAGGGAGCUUAUUUAAUGCAACGCUUGGGUAUUGUCCGUCCUCGACUUGGCGCAACAUAUGGAAAACCAUCCCAUAUCUUCGGCAGGGGCUCCAACGACUAAUUGGUAACAGCCGAGAUACAUCAUUGUGGGCCGAUCCAUGGCUCAAAGAAGGAGGCUCGCUGUGCUUAUUCACCAAACGUCCAAUGGGGGUAGUCUUUCCAGACCGCGUUUCAGAUAUCAUCGACGACAGCUCUAAUUCUUGGAAUAUGGAUCUUUUAAAUGAGUUUAUCUGGCCGGUAGACAUUGAGCGCAUCUCAGCUGUUCCUUUGUGUAAUGGCCUUGCGGAUGAUAAGUGGGUUUGGCAUUGUUCCAAAAAUGGUCGGUUCUCUGUGAAGUCUUGCUACCAUAUGAUCCUGGCACAUCGGAUUGAGCAUGAAAAAUCGACGACAUGGCAAGGAGGGCGCUGGUAG